AUGAAUCCUCGGGAUCGAGAUACCCUCGGUACGGAAACAUGCGGAUUCUUCACGCUUUCAGUCGAUAAAGAUUUCUAUUACACACGUGUCUGUGACGAUCUACGUAACCAGUGUUUGAUUUCAGGGUCAUGGCUUGGCUGUGCAGAUAAACCAGCGACCAAAUGUUUCGGUGGUUCUGCUCCCGAAUGCGCACCUGGAAAAGUACCGGGCUCUCAAACCAUGUGUUGUCCUAAAACCCCCGGUAGGAUUGGGCAAUGCCAGACCUUCCUACGGAAUGAGGGCACAUCCGGUACGAAGACGCUCCUUGGAUGCCGUGACGAGGGUCUCUCUUGGGAGCCAACCGUGUGGUUGAGUACCACUGUGAAGACAGAAUCAAGAACCUCAGCCAGCGUAAGCCUGACGUCGUCGACCUCAUCUUCUGGGACAUCGUCCUCUUCGACUUCCCAGAGCGAAUCAUCGUCAACAUCAUCACCCUCACUACCAUCAUCGACAUCUACACCCACGUCGCCAGUGGGUACCAUCGUGGGAGGCGUGCUAGGGGGGAUGGCUAUACUGGCUAUCACGGGGUGCACCGUGAUGUGGCUUGUCAUGCGUAGUAGGGGAUGGGGUCCUCUGCGCCGGCAGUGGCCAGCGCCCCCCCAGGAGCUUCAAGCGGACCUGCCGGUUAUCCAACAUGGCCCGCAAACAGAGGGGUACGAAGAACACUCAAAGAGUUGUCCCUUGUCGCCGAUAUCUCCGUUGAGUGAGUCGCAAUUUGAAGGUCAACAAAUUGAGUCAAAACAGCAGCUGCCGAAGGGCUUGAAUGUUGGGAGUCCUUGUAAACCGGCGGAGCUAGGGUAG